AACCCCGACCCGGCAGUUGACGUCCAGCUGCAACAAGUCCCUCCGUCAGAGACGCCGGCGAUCUCCCCCCUCCGGCGACGGCCACCAUCCUCGUCCACCUCCUCCGCGUCGCCCCCGCCUUGGUUUCUUCUCCGACGCCACCAUGAAUUACAUCAUCGGCGCCUUCAAGCCUCCCUGCGACAUCUUCGUCACCUUCUCCGAUGAGAGGAGCCGGAAGCAGGUGCCAGUCAAGAAGGAUAAUGGGAAGACGGCGAUGGUGCCGGCGUUCCAGAGCCUGGAGACGAUAGCCGGGGAGGUGUCGAUAGCUCCUGUACCGGGUAAAAGGAUUGAGCACAUGGGUGUUAAGAUUGAGCUGCUUGGUCAGAUAGAGUUGUAUUUCGACAGAGGAAACUUCUAUGACUUCACUUCAUUGGUGCGUGAGUUAGAUGUUCCUGGUGAAAUAUAUGAACGGAAGACAUAUCCAUUUGAGUUUUCUACUGUUGAAAUGCCAUAUGAGUCAUACAAUGGAACAAAUGUCAGACUGAGGUACAUCCUGAAAGUAACGGUUGGUAGAAACUAUGUUGGCAAUAUUGUCGAAAGUCGGGAUUUCUGUGUAAGAAACUAUUCUCCUCUUCCUUCAAUCAACAACAGUAUCAAGAUGGAAGUUGGAAUUGAAGAUUGCUUGCAUAUUGAGUUCGAGUACAGCAAAAGCAAGUACCAUCUUAAGGAUGUGAUUGUUGGAAAGAUCUAUUUUCUUCUAGUCAGGAUAAAGAUAAAAAACAUGGAGCUUGAGAUUCGGCGUCGGGAAUCAACAGGAUCAGGUCCUAACACAUAUGUUGAGACUGAGACACUUGCGAAAUUUGAGCUGAUGGAUGGUGCCCCAGUUAGAGGAGAAUCUAUUCCGGUAAGGCUAUUCUUGACGCCAUAUGAGCUAACCCCAACUUACCGCAACAUAAACAACAAGUUCAGUGUCAAGUACUACCUCAACCUGGUCCUCGUGGACGAGGAAGACCGGAGAUACUUCAAGCAGCAAGAGAUCAACAUGUUCCGCCUUGACGAAACCCCACAGCCUUCAUAGACUCCUGCUGUGAUCUAGGACUGGCCUGAGUUGUUUUGCGCAAGAGUCGGUAACUUGGCAUGAUGUACCUUCCUGUAUAUAACUCUCCAGGAGAGCAUGCAGCAGUUCCUGUGUACCAUCUCUUGUCGCCUUUGUGACACCUUUUUACUCCAACCUGGUUAGGAUACAACCAUGGAAAUGAUGGUAUUUCUGACUUUCCGCCAUGAUCUUUUUCGCGCUCUUCUGAAACAUUUGUUUUUCUUAGACGUGUGUGAGACAGUUUGGGAUAACCGUGCCUGUUGCUAUUUGUGCUUCAUGGUGUUUUAGUUCAUUUGAAGUCAAUUAUGAUGUAGUAAAGAUAUCAAUGAUCAAAAAAUAAUAAUUAGUAAGUACUAGUACUAUUGUAAUGUGUUUUGAAGUCAGAGAUUGUAACAUUUUGCAUCA